AUGAACUUUCAGCUUAUGAUCACCUCUGCUUUAAGUGCUGAACCAUAUCAUUUCGCUCAACUGUCUUUCGCUCAUAUGCUUGCUUGUUGGGGUAUAUUCGACAGGGAGAACUUUUUGCGCCGUGCUCUUGCAGAUAGCCUAAGGCGAUGUGAAGGCAGUUUUUAUCCCCGAUGGCGCGAUUAUGAGGCUCUACAAGCCGCGUGCCAUUACAUAUUGGAUGAAAAUCAAUGCCGCAGAGACUGGGACAACGUGUUGGCUGCUGCGAACCAGCCAGGUGGAGCCCUAGAGCAAAUUCACAUAUUCGCCUUGAGCCACAUUCUACGCCGACCCAUACUUGUGUAUGGUGUGAAGUACAUCAAGAACUACCGUGAUGAACCGAUUGGAAUCGCUAACUUCCAAGGUGAUUUAUUCUUUGCACCCUAUCUACGUCAUUUUCUCUUCUCCAGUGCUUCUAACUAUUUUCUCUUUUUGUCAGAAUACCGUACUCUUAUCGAACAUGAACGAAUGACUGAAUGA